UUAACCAACUAGUAUCCGAGCUAUUCAUAUUACAUUCUUACUACAAUGGCACCAGCAGCAGCCAACUACUAUUCCGCUCCUCCCCAUGCACACCAGAAGCAACGUGGCUAUCGCAUCUGCGAUACUUGCGGUGCAGUUGAAAACCCAGUUGCCCAGAAGUUUAGACUCUGCGGUGGUUGUAUGACCACCCAGUAUUGUUCCACCGAGUGCCAAAAAUCGCAUUGGCCUUCUCAUAAGACCAUCUGUCAGCACACCGCUGCUCAGAUGUCAGGUGCAAAACAGCAGGCCAUCGGGCCUGCAUAUCCUGAUGAAAAUUUGGCGAAGUACCUUCGCAAGUUUACCUCAACACACUCUUCACUUCUCGGAUGGGCCGGCUUCCAAGCCCUUCAAUUAAAGCGCCUGCCUGCCAAUAUCCGGCAAAGUGCGUUGCUUAUCGAGCUGAGCUACAAUGCUCACGCCGAAUCAUUAUAUCGUUUCUCAGUGGCAAAUACGCAUAUAGUCUCUCGGACAUUCGUAACCAGCCAUGAUCCACUCGUAGCCGCUGAUAUCAGCCGACGAGAAGAACGCUGUCGACGCAGUGGGGGAAUUGGAACCCUUGUUAUACUCGUGCAGUGUGGUGGCAUUUCUCAAGUUAUGCCUGUGGAAGUCGACCCACCUAGUAAAAUCUCGUGGGAUCCACGAGACGAUUGGGCGGAAGUCCUCCGCCAUUUCGUUGAAUCUGGCCGAACAGAUUUCAAACCUAUAUCCACGACCGCCAGGGGGGUCGUUUAUGGCUAAUCUAAGAUCAUCGCCUUCAUGACUUAUGAUUAUCUUUUGGCAACGUGGAUCGUUGCAUGACCAGCAUAUUUUCGUUCCGCUGCAUCGUGUUCGGACAAUUUGUACUAUUUACGUCGCAUCAUUACAACCCAUCAUACCUCACGAUUUCAUGUUAUGUUGUAAUUGUACUGCAUGUCGAUUUAAUGAUUAUCACUCAAUACAUUUGAAACUUGAAUAUUGAAA